UGUUAUUGCCCGACUUUAGACACAACUUACAGGUUAGCCAACCGACGAGAUGAUUGUCAAAAUUAUGAAGCAGAUAUUUUGAUAGAUUUGUCACGCAACAUUAAUAAAGGAAAUAUUUAAUUAAAAUAGUUGAAACGGGGGGUCUAGCAGUACAUAUAUAAAAUUAAUCAUGGGAAGCUUCUCAGAUGACGUUGAAACUUUGCGUGUAUGGAGAGAAAACAACGAUAGAAAAAGUAGAGAAAUUGUAAAAAUAUGGCUUGCAACAGUCGAGGAAAACCUGGAUAGUUUAGGGAAAGACAAAUUUGUUGUAAUAGAACAGGUGUGUAUUGCUGCUCUUGACUGUAAUGAAUUAAGAGUGGCUGAAAAAUGCAUUGACCUUUUGUAUAAAGCUUUCCCAAAUAGCUCUAGAGUGAAGAGGCUUCAAUCUAUGUUUUGUGAAGCGGAAGAAAGAUAUGAUGAAGCCCUGGUAAUUUUAGAUGGCCUAAUAAAAGAAGAUCCCACUAAUAGUGCUGCUAAAAAGAGAAAAAUUGCCAUAUUAAAAUCUCAAGGAAAAAUUUCUGAAGCAGUUAAAGAACUAACAGAUUAUUUAAAAACAUUUAUGGCCGACACUGAAGCUUGGCAAGAGUUAAGUGAGAUAUACAUAAGUGAAAAUGAUUUUAAUAAGGCUGCAUUUUGUGUAGAAGAAUUAAUACUUCAUAAUCCUCACAAUCACUUACUACACCAGAGAUAUGCAGAUAUUAAAUACACACAAGGGGGACAAGAAAAUAUUGAAAUAGCCAAAAAUUAUUAUUGUCAAGCUCUGAAACUUAAUCCAAAUAACAUAAGAGCAUUGUAUGGACUGUAUUUGACUGGAACACACAGUUCAGUGUCUAAACUCCCACAAAAGAAAAAAGAAGCAAGCAAAUUAGCAGAUUGGAGCAUUAAAGAGAUUGAGAAGAAAUAUGCUCCAAUACCAACCAUUCCAGACCUAAAUGAUAGGUUGGCUGCUCUUGACAUAUAAUUGUAGUUUGCAUUUAAAUUAAUGAAAAUAGAUAAAGCACUUUUGUUCUUGAACUGGAAUAUGUUUACCUACCUGUGUUUGUUAUUGUGUUAUUUGUGGUAAAAAAUAAUAAACGAUUUAUUUGUGUUUA